AUGGUAAAAUUCUUGAAACCAAACAAAGUUGCGAUAGUAUUAUCUGGCAGAUAUGCGGGUAAAAAAGUGGUGAUUGUAAAAAAUUUUGAUGAUGGCACUAAGGAACGUCCAUACGGUCAUGCCAUAGUAAUUGGAAUAGAAAGAUAUCCAUUAAAAGUGACAAAACGUAUGGGAACUAAACGUAUUGCCAAACGAUCUCAAGUCAAGCCUUUUAUAAAAGUCAUCAAUUACAAUCAUUUAAUGCCAACUCGUUAUACUUUUGAAUUGGAAGAUAUCAAACAAUUGGUUAGUAGCGAAUGUUUCAAAGACCCAAGUCAACGAUUAACAACCAAGAAGACUUUAAAAAAAUCUUUGCAAACAAGAUAUAAAUCAGGAAAAAACAAAUGGUUUUUUACUAAAUUAAGAUUUUAA